AUGGAUGAGACUGGGUUUGUUCUUGUGCCCAAGUUGGAAAAAGUCGUCGUGAAAAAAGGUGCAUGCCAGGUUCAUAAAGUUGCACAUGGAAUUUUACAUGAACAUAUUUCUGUUGCUUCUACCAUUUCAGCUGCCAGGUCGUAUAUUCCACCCUUAAUUAUUUAUAAAGGUAUUCAUGUAAUUCCUGGCUUGUUAGAAGGUGCACCUCCAGGAACUGUAAUGGGUUUCACAAUUACUGAGUACAUGCGCGAAGACCUUUUCCAAAUGUAUCUUACCCAUUUUAACAACUCGAUUCCGCCUACACGUCUGGUUUUACUAAUGCUUGAUGGUCAUAAAAGCCAUAUAAGCUAUAUGAGUGUUGAUUUCUGCCGAAAAAAUGGAAUUCUUCUUUAUGCACUGCCACCCCAUACGAUGCACAUCUUACAGCCCUCUGAAAUUCCUUUUGCUAAAUUAAAAAGUGAAUAUGCUAAGGAGAGUGACAAAUAUAAAAACCAUAGUGGCAAGGUGGUAAUGAAACAUACUUUUGCAAAAGUUUUUGGCCCUGCUUUUCUCAAAACCUAUAAGCCUUUAGCUAUUUGCAAUGCCUACAAAAGCACAGGAAUAUGGCCCUUAAAUCCUGAGGCUAUUAGUUCAGACCAUUUGGACCCUUCUCUAGCAACAGAGCGAUUUGAUAUUGUACCUUCAAAUGACCAACCUUCUGCACAACAAAAUGAGUCACUUCCAUUACUUUCAAAUAUUCAACCUUCUACGCAAUCAGAUAAAUCACCUUCGCAAUCGUCCACUAAUUUAAAUCACCAUCUUACUCGUUCAAAUACUUUCCUAUUGGAAAAAGAAAAAGAAAUUCUUUUAACUGAAAAUAAUUUUCUUAAAAAUGAAAAUGAACUAUUAAAAGUUCAGUUUGUAGCAAUGAAAGAAGAAUUAGAAACUUAUAAGAAUCCUGGCACAUGCUCUCUUCGUUCUGCUCUGAAGUACCUGGUUCCUCGAAUUUCGAAUGCUGAAACCCCUAAAGCUUCUUUAGAUCCACAUGAAUUUGAGUCACCUUCCCCUAAAAAAAGAAAAACUCUUCCGUUUGCACAACUUCUUACUUCCGAAAACAGUUGGCAACAACUAAAAAUGGCAAACAAAGUAGCGAACAAAAAAGUCACUGAAGCUAAUCGAAAAAAGGAAGAGCAGGAGUAA